UUCCCUCUCGCUCUCUCGUUCAUUUUCAAUCUCUUCCUUUUUGUGUUUUCUAUUAUUUGUUUCUUCACUUUUCUUCUUCCUUCUUAGCUUCUUCUUCUUGCAACCGACCCUUGUGUUCUUCAGCCAACUGGGGGUCGAUUGCCUAUGGACACAACCCAACUCGACAUUGAUCGAAAGAAUUGAAUUUCAGUGUUAAAGUCUUGUUCUUUCUUUCUUGUUUAUGUCAAAAUUGCCAUUCCCACAAGAAUGGAUAUAAAAGGAUUGAUUUUUGUGGGAAUGGUGUUAUGGGAAGCGUGUUGCAUGGCCAAUGCAAAGUUUGUGUUUCCCGUUGAACGAAAAUUCAAAGGCCCUGUUACCAGUUUGAGUGCAAUCAAGAAUCAUGAUUCUCUUCGCCAUGGUAGACUCUUAUCUGCUGUUGAUAUCAACCUUGGUGGCACUGGCCUCCCUAAUUCUGUCGGGCUUUAUUACACGAAAAUCAAGCUCGGCACUCCUGGUACUGAUUACUGGGUGCAAGUUGAUACUGGAAGUGACCUUCUAUGGGUGACUUGUUCUGGCUGCUCAUCAUGUGCUACAAGAAGUUCUAUUAAGGGCGUGGAGUUAAACCUCUACGACCCAGCUGCCUCCAACACCUCAUCUAUUGUUAUGUGUGACGACGAAUUUUGCAGUGCCACAACGCUACCUGGUCGAGCUCCAGCUUGCCAGGUAAGCAAGUUCUGCCCGUACAACAUACAAUAUGGCGAUGGAGGUACGACUGCUGGGAUGUAUGUAAAGGAUCUAUUGACAUAUAACCUUGUUGAUGCUGACCUCAAUACAUCAUUCGCGAAUAGCAGUGUGUAUUUCGGGUGUGGUGUAAACCAAGCCGGAACAUUGGAUUCGAAUGGCGAUGGAAGCCUUAGUGGAAUCAUGGGCUUUGGACAGGCAAGUACUUCUGUGCUUUCACAGCUUGCUGCAGCUGGAAAGGCGAAAAAAAUAGUUUCGCACUGUCUUGACACUGUUAGCGGAGGUGGAAUAUUUGCCAUAGGAGAAGUGGUGGAGCCAAAAAUUAAUAUGACUAACUUGCGAACAGGGAUGGUACACUACAAUAUAAUUUUGAAAGACUUGGAGGUUGGUGAAGAAUCUCUAUCUCUUCCUUUAGACAUAUUUGGUUCUGGAAAUGGGAGGGGAACAGUCAUAGAUAGUGGUACAACAUUGGCUUAUCUUCCAUCCGCCGCCUAUGAGCAGCUAAUGAAAAAGAUUUUGGAUAAGCAGCCUGAUCUGAAGUUAGUUACUAUUGAGCAACAAUUUACUUGUUUCAGUUAUGAGGGCAAUGUUGAUGAUGGAUUUCCUGUUGUCAAGUUCCAUUUUGAUGGAAUUUCGCUGCCAGUUUAUCCUCGCGAUUACCUCUUCCCUUUUAGAGAUGAUAUGCGAUGUAUCGGCUGGCAGAGGAGUGCUCCAAGCAAGAGUUCAAAGGACACAUUUCUUCUAGGAGAUUUGGUGCUGUCAAACAAGUUAGUUGUAUAUGAUGCUGAAAACAUGCUCAUUGGAUGGACUGAUUAUAACUGCUCUAGCAGCAUUAAAGUGAAGGAUGAAACAACUGGAGCUGUAUAUACAGUUGGUGCACACAAUAUUAGUUCAGCUUCCUCCAUUUUAAUUGGAAGAAUCUUGGCAUUCUCCUUAAUGAUUCUUGCCUUGCUCAACAAUUUUUAAAUAGUCAUGUAU